GUCGCGUCCGCGUACCUGGGUGUCGCAAGUGCCUUUUUCUUAAAAGCCUCCCGUUCUCGAAGCAGAGCUGGGUCCAUAUUUUUGAUGUCAAUUAUAUACUACGAGACUCUAUAGCAAAUACGAUGUGGCUAGAUAGGUUAUUAAAAGUUAGCGCUAUUCAGGUAGCGCUUGUUAUAAUUGGCGUCGCGGCCGAUGACUACAAAUGGGCGUGCGACAGUGGCAAGUGUCUCAAGACACGCCACGAUGCCAAGCACAAGGACCCCGCCCUCAGCUUGGAGGCCUGCAAAAUGUUCUGCAACGAAUAUGGUCUCCUCUGGCCAAGGCCCACCGGCGACACAGAUCUCGGUAAUUUCCUCUCUAAGAUUAACCUGAACAACAUUGAGAUGAAAAUUGAAAAACAUGGCGAGACCGAUAAACUGACGGAGGCAGCUUUUCAGAGAUUUCUCAGUAUUGUGGCUCUAACCAUACCUAAAGAUGCGACACCGAAAACCAAGGGCAAGGUGUUAGACGUGCAUCUUAUCAACCAGGAUCCCGAUACCGUCGAUUUUUCAUUGGACAUGCGUGAAAACUACACACUGAAAAUAUCCGGGAACAACGAUAAAGUGGAGGCCAUUAUAACUGGAGGGUCCUUUUUCGGAGUUCGUCAUGGACUAGAAACACUCUCUCAGCUCAUUCUUUACGAUGAUAUAAGAGAUCAUCUUUUGAUUGUUCGAGAUGUUAGCAUUGUGGACAAUCCGAUCUACCCAUACCGAGGACUUCUUCUUGAUACUGCAAGAAACUACUACACCGUGGAAUCUAUUAAGAGGACUAUAGAUGCUAUGGCCGCCGUGAAGUUGAACACGUUCCACUGGCACAUUACGGACAGCCAGAGUUUCCCCUUCGUGUCUGAGAAGAGACCGAACCUCUCCAAAUAUGGCGCCUAUUCUCCUUCUAAGUUGUACACCCCAGCGGCGAUGCGCGAGGUUGUGGAGUAUGGACGCGUGCGCGGCGUGCGCGUGCUGCCUGAGUUUGACGCGCCCGCGCACGUGGGCGAGGGCUGGCAGGACACCAACCUCACCGUCUGCUUCAAGGCGGAACCCUGGGCCUCGUUCUGUGUGGAACCUCCGUGUGGUCAGUUGAAUCCAACGAAGGACGAGUUGUACGAUGUGCUAGAAGACAUUUACUCAGAUAUGGCAGAGAUCUUCAAGCCUGACAUCUUCCACAUGGGUGGAGACGAGGUCAGCGAACGCUGCUGGAAUGUGUCCGACGAAAUCCAGCAGUUCAUGAUCCAGCACCGCUGGAACCUGGACAAAUCCGGCUUCCUAGACCUGUGGGAUUACUUCCAGAAGAAAGCUCAAGAGAAGGCAUACACGGCAUUUGGAAAGAAGCUCCCUUUGAUCCUGUGGACGAGCACCUUGACGGACUAUAGCUAUGUUGACAAAUACCUAAACAAGGAUGAUUACAUCAUUCAAGUAUGGACAACGGGGGUAGACCCUCAAAUCCAAGGAUUACUUGCAAAGGGGUACCGCCUAAUCAUGUCCAACUACGAUGCUUUGUACUUAGACUGCGGCUUUGGUGCCUGGGUGGGCGCAGGAAACAACUGGUGCUCUCCCUACAUUGGCUGGCAGAAAGUUUACGAUAACAGCAUAGCAGUUAUGGCUCCGGAGAACAAGGAUCUUGUUCUAGGAGGUGAAGCAGCCCUGUGGUCCGAGCAGUCAGACACGGCCACGCUGGAUCAGCGAUUAUGGCCGCGCGCCGCCGCACUGGCCGAGCGGCUGUGGACGGAGCCUCCUACCACGUGGCUGGACGCCGAGCACCGUAUGCUGCACACAAGAGAACGUCUCGUCCGCAUGGGAAUCCAAGCCGAGUCCAUCCAGCCGGAAUGGUGCUACCAGAACGAAGGAUAUUGCUACAGAUAAGCAGCAACCGUCCAACAUUUCCACGCGGCAGCAUUUCUAUCUUUGUGAAAUAUUUAUGACUUAUGAGUCGAAAUAAAAUAAUUCAAUUAUGUAUAGAUAUAAGGUUAUUAAUUGUAACAAUUCUUAAAGAAUUCUAUAAGUGUAUAAAAUGCCAGACUUUCUGUGAAAUUGAUUAGCACAUGUAAUCAAACAUUAUAUCAAAGAAACGUAAUUUUUAAUUUCGUGAUUUAAGGUCUUGAUAAGUACCUAUUACAAAAGGGCUCGUUUUCUUAGAUUUGACGUCUCAAUUUAUUUUCAUAGAUCUGACUAAAGUUUAGCAAAACUUAAUUUCAACAUUCCAUAAAGUUUUCACUUAUUUCGCUUUUAGAUUGUAAUUAAGAGUUAUUAGAACAUGAAUAAAUAUUAUAAUACUUAUUAAACUGUCAAUAUAAUUAUGACAAAUUCACAGAUAUUGUGGGGUUUGGAAUACAAAUGCACGCUGUGCUAACUAUUAGUGAUUCUAUUGCCUUUGCAUUAAUAAGUAGGUAAUGAAGAGUAGGUGCAGAAAACUUCGUGUAUUUACAAGUAUUUUUAGCUGCUAAAGUGGCGUAGUGUUUACUGCGAUAUAAUGCAAUAGAACAAAUCGAAUACUUAAUAUUGCUCUGAUUGCAUGUAUUUUUUUUUGGAAUUAAUUAUCUACAUAUAAAUCCUAUUUCAAUAUAUUUAUUAUUAUACAA